CACGUUUUGAUCCCUCGCCUCUCUCCCUCCCCGGACGGACACACACACCCACCACCCUGCCCCAUUCCCGAAUACCUCGCGGCGCCAAAAGGAGAGACCAUCGCUAGCUUGUGCUCUCUCCACCUGCAGCUGUCGCGCAGGCGGGGAUUUGGUCCAGCCCCUCGCCAGUGGCCUGUUCCUCAGCCGUCACUGGCGACAUGGAUCUGCCCAACCUCGCCGUCGUUCUGCGCGGCGCACUGAGCCACGUCCCCGAGGAGCGCAAGGCCGCGGAGGAGAAUCUCAACCAGUUCCAGUUCACGCCACAGCAUUUAGUUAGAUUGUUACAGAUCAUUGUGGAUGGAAGUUGUGAUAUGGCUGUACGACAGGUUGCAAGCAUCCAUUUCAAGAACUUUGUCGCCAAAAACUGGUCCCCUAACGAUCCUGAUGAGUCCCAAAAAGUUUCCGUAAGUGACAAGGCCAUGGUCCGUGAGAACAUACUAGGAUUUAUUGUUCAAGUACCCCCUCUCCUAAGAGCUCAGCUUGGAGAAAGUAUCAAAACAAUAAUACAUGCAGACUAUCCUGAGCAGUGGCCAAGUCUCCUUCAUUGGGUUACACAUAAUCUAGAAUCACAAAGUCAAAUAUUUGGAGCUUUAUAUGUGCUAAGGGUUCUUACCAGGAAAUACGAGUUUAAAUCUGAGGAAGACCGGAUACCACUAUACCACAUUGUAGAAGAAACAUUUCCUCGCUUGUUGGGCAUAUUUAGCAAACUUGUUCAGAUCGUCAAUCCUCCAAUUGAAGUAGCUGACCUGAUCAAGCUGAUAUGCAAAAUAUUUUGGUCUUCAAUUUAUUUGGAGAUUCCAAAGCAACUCUUAGAUCCCAAUGUCUUUAAUGCAUGGAUGAUAUUGUUUAUAAAUUUAUUAGAGAGGCCAGUUCCAGUGGAAGGCCAACCUAUAGAUCCUGAUAUCAGGAAAUCGUGGGGCUGGUGGAAAGUUAAGAAAUGGACAAUCCAUAUCUUGAACCGUUUGUACACCCGAUUUGGUGACCUGAAGCUUCAGAAAUCCGAGAGUAAAACAUUUGCUCAGAUGUUUCAAAAGAAUUAUGCCGGACAAAUUUUGGGUUGUCACUUACAGCUUCUGAAUGCAAUUCGUACUGGCGAUUAUUUGCCAGAUAGGGUUACCAAUCUUAUUCUUCAGUACCUCACCAACAGUAUUACAAAAAACAGUAUGUAUCAGAUGAUGCAGCCUCAGAUCAACAUCAUUCUUUUUGAGAUAAUUUUUCCACUGAUGUGCUUCAAUGAUAAUGACCAGAAACUAUGGGAGGAAGAUCCUCAUGAGUAUGUUCGAAAAGGCUACGAUAUCAUUGAAGAUCUGUACAGUCCCCGAACAGCUGCUAUGGAUUUUGUGAGUGAAUUGGUAAGAAAACGAGGAAAAAGCAAUCUCCAAAAGUUUAUCUUUUUCAUCGUGGAUAUAUUCAGGAGAUAUUAUGAGGCCUCAGCUGAAGUCAAGCCAUAUCGCCAAAAAGAUGGGGCACUUCUUGCUAUUGGGACAUUAUGUGAUAAGCUGAGGCAAACCGAUCCAUAUAAAGCUGAGCUAGAGCGUAUGCUUGUCCAACAUGUCUUUCCUGAGUUCAGUAGCUGUGUUGGGCACUUGCGUGCAAAGGCAGCAUGGGUUGCUGGGCAGUAUGCCCAUAUUAACUUCUCUGACCAGGACAAUUUUCGGAGAGCUAUGCAUUGCAUUGUUGCUGGAAUGUGUGAUCCAGAUCUUCCUGUCCGGGUUGAUUCAGUGUUUGCACUUCGUUCUUUUGUUGAAGCAUGCAAAGAUCUCAAUGAGAUACGACCUAUACUUCCUCAGCUCCUUGAUGAAUUUUUCAAACUGAUGAAUGAAGUUGAGAAUGAGGACCUUGUGUUCACACUUGAAACCAUUGUUGAUAAAUUUGGUGAAGAGAUGGCGCCGUAUGCGCUAGGAUUGUGCCAGAAUUUGGCUUCUGCCUUCUGGAAAUGCAUGGCUAGUUCAGAAGCUGAUGAUGAAGCUGAUGAUUCCGGUGCUUUGGCGGCUGUUGGAUGUUUGCGUGCCAUAAGCACAAUUCUGGAGUCAGUCAGCAGUCUCCCACAUCUCUUCACCCAAAUUGAGCCAACUUUGUUGCCUAUAAUGCGCAGGAUGCUGACUUCGGAUGGUCAAGAUGUUUAUGAAGAAGUUCUGGAAAUAGUCUCCUAUAUGACAUUUUUUUCACCAAUGAUUUCGUUGGACAUGUGGAGCUUGUGGCCCUUGAUGAUGGAAGCACUUAAUGACUGGGCAAUAGAUUUCUUUGAGAAUAUUCUUGUUCCAUUGGACAACUACAUUUCACGAGGCAGUGUUCACUUUCUUGCAUGCAAAGACCCUGAUUACCAGCAAAGCUUGUGGAAUGCACUAUCAUCUAUUAUGAUGGAGCCAAACAUGGAAGAUUCUGAUAUUGAGCCUGCUCCCAAGCUGAUAGAAGUGCUUUUUCAGAACUGCAAAGGCCAUGUAGAUAUAUGGGUUGAGCCUUACCUCAGGCUCACAAUUGAUCGGUUGCGUCGAGCAGAGAAACCAUAUUUGAAAUGUCUCCUCUUACAAGUGAUUGCUAAUGCGCUCUACUAUAACCCUUCAUUGGCACUUGCAAUUUUACAUAAACUUGGAGUUGCAACAGAAAUAUUUAACCUUUGGUUUGGUAUGUUAAAAGAAGUAAAGAAGAGUGGUAUUCGAGCAAAUUUCAGAAGGGAGCAUGAUAAGAAGGUUUGCUGCCUUGGGCUGACUUCACUUAUCGGCCUUCCAGUAGAUCAUAUUCCAGCAGAAGUUCUAGAUCGCAUUUUCAAGGCAACACUUGAGCUGCUUGCUUCUUACAAGGAUCAAGUUGCAGAAUCAAAGAAGCAAAAUGAUGAUGCUGGUGACGAUAUGGAUGGCUUUGAUGCUGAUGAAGAUGACAAUGACGAUGAAGAAGUUGAAUCUGAUAAGGAGAUGGGUGUUGAUGAUGAAGAUGGUGAUGAUAUAAACAGUCUUCAUCUUCAGAAACUAGCUACAGAGGCAAAAGGUUUCCAGGCAGCUGAGUCAGAUGAUGAGUCAGAUGAUGAUUUCAGUGAUGACGAGGAGCUGCAAUCGCCUAUUGAUGAGGUGGAUCCGUUCAUUUUAUUUGUUGACAGUGUCAAAGGUUUGCAAGCAUCUGAUCCAUCCAGGUUCCAGAACCUCAUGCAAACUCUUGAUUUCGGAUACCAGGCGCUUGCUAAUGGCAUAGCUCAACAUGCUGAAGAAAGAAGAGUUGAGAUCGAGAAAGAGAAACUGGAGAAGGGAAAUGCACAGUGACGAGUCAUGAUUGUGGUUUGCGUUCUGUAGCAUUGCCAGAAGCGGCGGGUCAGUAUCCUGUGAGUUGGAGGUCACAGGUAAUGAGUUUUGGAGCCUUAAACAUGUCGCUUUGAGGCAAGCCAGUAUUGGGCUCGCAUCAUUUUUUGCUGUUGCGAGGGGCGAAGCUGGUGAUGAGGCUUGGGCAAUCUGUCACCGAAGUCUUCUCUUGGUGGUCCAUUAUGGGUGUCUCCGUUGUGCACGCAGUGAAACUAAAAGUUCCUUCUACUGAGGACACAUGCUUCUUGGGCCACUACUUUUUUUCCCCCUUGGCUUAUAUGAGCAUUUGUAAGGACAGUUUGUACAUGGUCUGGCUGGAUGUCUAAGAAUUACUGUAAGGUUCCAAUGGUGGGCCGAGUCAUAAUUUUUGUUUUCUUCAAAUUGGUGAUGUAACUCAUUUUUGUCUGUUUAUUUAUUUGAAAAAUAAAAGAGCAAACAAUUUCUCA